AUGCCUGUGAAGAAGCGGACACAUUUGGCUGGCGCUGGAUUGGCGCUUCUGUGUGUACCGGCUACCACCUCUUGGUCCUUCAUUUACUUGCUAACAGCUCCUGAUUGGAAAGAAAAAGUCUUGCGCCUUCGAGGUCUCGUACCUCCUCCGCGGCCAAGUCAAGAGCAAUGGAUGGCUUCUUGGUCGAAGGUAGCGAUUCUGCGUGCGAAAUGUUCCCGGAAUUGGAAGAAGUCUCCGAAGCUGAGAGAUGAAACGCUGCGGAAUUUCUCCGCGGACAUUCUGACAGACUUUGUUGCCUUGAUUCCCCCUCUGGGUACGACCGCUGGACUUUUUCGAUGGUUCCUGGAGGUUUUGGAGCUCUGGUGCUCGGAUGCUCUCGGCGGCGACAUUGUUCUCGAACUUGUGGGAUCUCAAGUGCGUGGGACGUCUUGCUUGGAUGGCUACGGUGAUUUGGACUUUCAGGUCUCGAGGCGACCGGGCACGGCUCGAGCUUAUGAGCCUUUCACGGAGACUGACAAGUUACGCGUCGCACAGAAGCUUGAGCAGCAGCCCUUCAUCACAAACUUGACCAUCGGGAGUAUUGCUAUCAAGUUUUCCUUGGAUGCAGUAGUAGGUGUGAUGAACGUCGAUCUUGUUCUGUGGAGGGAGCGGCCAGAAGAGUUUCCCGCACUUCGCGGAGGGUCGAAUUUCUACAGCAAUUCAAAGAAGAUCAAUGCUUGCUUGGAUGAAUUCCCUGCUGCGAAAAAUGCUCUAAUUGCGAUAAAGAGGUAUUGCAAAUAUGACCGUCCCAAAGGGCUCCUCCUUGAUGCCAUUGCCUGGCGACUGUGGCCAAACGUAAAGGACCGCAUGGACCGCGACACCUUGUUGAGAGUCCCUGAAGACUACACAUGGCAAGUGCAAGCUACGGAUGACGAGCAGCUUUUGCAUCAACUCGCGAGAUUCCAAGGUACGGAUGAGGAGCUUGAGGAACAACUCGCGAGAUUCACGACAGUGGUGUCGUUUCGUUUUUUUCAAAUAAUGCUUGACGAGCUCCGGAAUUGGAAGAGCUCGCGUUAUUUCGGACGCGAGCUGCAACAAGAUUUGAGCAACCUUUCGGACAAGCAGAGGGACAAGUACACUUCAGGCUUCGAGAAUAUUGCCCGUAUCACGAAUACAGAACUGCAAUUCCGACUGUUGUUGGGUGCCGCCGAAAGCAGGCUAGCGACAACCUCUUCACAGUCACACCGGUCUACACUCCCCGCCGCAGCAGAGGAAGCGCUUAAGCACUACUUCUCCGCAGUCUUGGAUCAAGAUGAUUGA